UUGACCGGGCUGGGACAUAUCGGGCCAAGCCGUAUGGUAGCCGGGUCAGGCUGGGUCAAACCGGCACGUUUGACCGGCUUAUUUUGAACCUACAUUCCUAUUUGAGGGACCAUAUUUGUCAUUUGCUUCUCCUUUUGACAUUUCAAUUGAAAUUCCCCAAAUUGCAAAAAAAACCGCCAUGAAUAUAUUUGUUGAAUCUCCAAAUAAAGGUCGAAGAAGAAACUAGAAACUUCCAGAAGCUGUAGUAAUGAAGGGAUCAUUAGGAAGAUUGAUAACUCGAACGACUCUCCGUACCAGUCCCAAUAAAUUGUUCGCAAAACCCUAUGCAGAAAAUAGUUCACUUUACAAAUCUCGUCGAUUUGUAUACUAUUUAUCUUCAAAAUCGCCGUAUGAGUUCUCUGAUUACGCUUCGUUGAAGCGUUUGCUGUUUCCUUCUUCACGUCCUUCUUUAUGGAGCCAUUUCGGAGGCCAGAAGAGGACUAUGUUCAUCCAAACCCAGUCAACUCCUAAUCCUUUAUCCCUAAUGUUCUAUCCUGGGAAGCCGGUUGUGGAAGGUGGGAGUGCAGACUUUCCAAAUGCUCGUUCUGCCAUGAACUCACCGCUGGCUAAGGCUCUCUUUGGAAUAGAUGGGAUUACACGUGUAUUUUUUGGAUCCGAUUUCGUUACGGUAACAAAAAGUGAAGAAGCUUCCUGGGAUUUCCUUAAACCUGAAAUAUUUGCUGCAAUUAUGGAUUUCUUUUCUUCUGGGAACCCAGUGUUCCUCGACUCCAGUACCGCUGCCGCAAUGGACACAGCUAUCCAUGAGGAUGAUUCAGAAACAGUUGCAAUGAUCAAGGAACUUUUGGAGACUCGUAUUCGCCCAGCUGUACAAGAUGAUGGAGGUGACAUUGAAUAUCGAGGAUUUGAUCCAGAUACGGGAGUAGUCAAAUUGAAAAUGCAAGGAGCUUGCAGUGGUUGCCCUAGCUCGUCAGUUACACUUAAAUCUGGUAUCGAGAAUAUGCUCAUGCAUUAUGUGCCCGAAGUUAAAAGUGUGGAGCAGGAGCUAGAUGAAGAUGAACAACCUGCAUUAACUGGGGCACCACACGAGUAGUAAUACGGUUAUAGUUUCUUUCAGUUGAUCUGGUGACAGACAGAUCUCAAUCAGAGGAGGCAGAACUUGUUCAUGCUCCUCCAUGGAAAGAGCGAGUAAAGUUGAGUGCAUCCACCAAAUUCAUGCGAAAUAAGCAACCUAUAAGUAUCGAAAAUUGUAGCUAGGUAGUUGUUUUGAUGACAUUCAAAUAAAUAGUUCGGCUAUUCGGUUAGCUGGACAUCAGGUUUAAGUUUCCCAAGAGAUGUGACAAUUGAUUGAAGCGUGUUCCGCCGUGAGUGUAUAAAGAUGCACAUCGUUCAUAUUAUGUGCACAAGUUUUUUGAAGUUGCAAACCAUACCUUUAUCUAAUUUUAUGUAAUUCUAGUAUAAUUUUUUGUUUUA